GAGUUAGGAGGAGAGCGGGCUGGAUUUGGGGUUGUCUGGCAGCCAAUGGGAGCGUCUCUCUUUACUCCUCCCGGGGAGCCUGCAGGUGUGGCUGUGAGCGGUGCGGGCCGUAGAGCUCGGGCGAGACCGCGUAGAAGGAUUCGCGGGGGUAGCUGGUAUUUCCCCAGAGCCUCCUUCCAAGUCAGGAAGAUGCCACAGUGCCUGACUUCUGAAGGUAAAAAAAGAGCAGACUCCAAAGAGAGGGAGAACUGUUCCAUAGAAGAUCUAAAAGAAAUCAUCACCCUGGCUUUUGUGAGAGAGAACACACAAAAGGGGUUUCAGGAGGCCCGUCAGCAAAGCAAGAAGAAGAGGAAGAAAAAGAGCUUCCCUCCUGUGCAGAAGAAGAGAGAAGCAAGUAUUUUGGCCAAAAAUAUUUUAAAUUCCUGUUCCCGAUGGACUACUGGAGUAAAAGGACUAAGAAAAUGAUGUUAAUAUGAAGCUGCAUGCUAAAUUAGCUAUAAUUGCAAUAUAGACUCUAUAUCCCAUGGACAGGGUAACAGUACUGAUUCCAUGCUUUCUGCCACUCUGUACCCAUUCAUGUCCUCAGUGAUGGGAAUAGUUGAAUCAGGCUUAAUGUGAUAGCUUAGGCUUCAUGCAGCUCCACCUGGGACAGGAUGUUUCUGGGUGCAGUCUGUCUCUGUCUUGUGCUUUCCUUUUUCUCUUUUCCAGAUGAUUGGUGAUUAAUCUAUCCAGCUGCCGGUAUGAGAGUGGUGAGCAUUUCAAUGCGAAGGAUCGGGGACAAGGACCUACCAUUUCCCCCUGUGACGUUGGGAAAGGUCACUCUUGAUGUUGAGGUGCGUAGGGUGGCCCAACAGUAUGGCCUUCGAGAGGGAGGUGACAACGAUGACUGGACUCUGUACUGGACGGACUACUCGGUAUCACUGGAGAGGGUGAUGGACAUGAAGAGCUACCAGAAGAUCAAUCACUUCCCUGGGAUGAGUGAAAUCUGCCGCAAGGACUUGCUGGCUAGGAAUAUGAGCCGCAUGUUAAAGAUGUUCCCUAAAGAUUUCCACUUUUUCCCUAGGACCUGGUGUCUUCCUGCUGACUGGGGAGAUUUGCAGACCUAUAGCAGGUCAAGAAAAAAUAAGACAUACAUUUGUAAGCCGGACUCAGGUUGCCAAGGGAGAGGUAUAUUCAUCACCCGCACUGUGAAAGAAAUCAAACCAGAGGAGGAUAUGAUCUGUCAGCUCUAUAUUUCAAAGCCCUUUAUUAUUGAUGGGUUCAAGUUUGACCUACGGAUUUAUGUGCUGGUGACAUCAUGUGACCCUCUCAGGAUUUUUGUGUACAAAGAAGGACUGGUCCGCUUUGCUACCACUUCUUACUCUUACCCCUGCACAGACAACCUGGAUGAUAUUUGCAUGCACCUGACUAAUUAUUCCAUUAAUAAGCACAGUUCCAACUUCAUUCAAGAUGCUUACUGUGGCAGCAAGAGGAAGCUCUCUACCUUCAACACGUACAUGGAGAACCACGGCUUCAACGUGGGACAGAUAUGGAGGGCUAUCGAGGAUGUCAUCAUCAAGACAAUCAUCUCGGCUUACCCAGUCAUCAAACAUAACUACCACACCUGCUUCCCUGGCCACACACUUAACAGUGCCUGCUUUGAAAUCCUGGGCUUCGACAUCUUAUUGGACCACAAACUCAAACCCUGGCUGCUGGAGGUCAACCACUCUCCAAGCUUCUCUACUGACUCCCGGUUGGAUAAAGAUGUGAAAGACAGUCUGCUGUAUGACACCCUGGUACUGAUCAAUCUGGAAAGUUGUGACAAAAAGAAAGUCUUGGAGGAGGAGAGAAAGCGGGGGCAGUUCCUGCAGCAGUGUCCCUCCCGGGAGGUCAGGAUUGAGGAAGCCAAGGGUUUCCAAGCAGUGCAGUUACAGAAAACAGAGAAAUAUGAGAAGGAAAAUUGUGGCGGGUUCCGGCUGAUUUAUCCCACUCUGAAUUUGGAGAAGUAUGACAAGUUUUUCCAGCACAAUUGCUCCCUCUUCCAGAAUACUGCUGCUUCCAGGGCUCGGGAGUUAUAUGCCCGGCAACUGAUCCAGGAGCUGAGACUGAAACAGGAGAAGCAAUCCUUCCAAAUGAAAGAGAAGAAGGUGGAGAUGCAGGGAGAGUCAGAGAUAGCCGGCGAGAAAGCAAGGGGCAAGAGCACCAAGAACCAGCAGAAAAAACAACAGAAACGCAAGACCACCGCCCACAGCCCCAAACAAUACUUCCGGCCAUUGGCAUUAGUGUCCUGCACACCUGAGUUGCUCUUAAGUGUCAAAGACGUAAAGAAGAAUGAAAUAGGCAGUAGCCUUGACCAGGAGGCCGCAAAGAAGAAGACUGAUUCUGCUCCCUGCAAGCCUAUCUCUGCAAGACACUGCAGAUCUGUACCUGACAUGAGGCGGUUAAGACUCAAUUCCUCUGGGUUACAGUGCUGUGAAACCAAUUCCAGAAUCAAGAUGGCCAAGUCAGUCAAUGAAGUGAACAUAUUUUCUAGUACCAUGCCCUUAACCUCAGUAGAAACUACCCCUGAAUCUACCACCUGGGACUCAACCUCUCCAGAGUUGCUACCAAGCCUGACACUGACCACCAACUCUGAAUGCAGCAGCCCAGAAAUUGUCAGGAUAGUAUCCUUUAAAUAUAAGCAGCAGCAGAUUCCCCAGAAGCUCAUCCAGGAGAACAUAUCAAAACCUUCUGUGCCUACAAAAUCCUGGAGCUUCUCGCACAAUUUGAACCCAAGCUGGGCUUUGCUAAAGAAUGACAUGAAGGAGAAGCAUCUGGUGUCAGAGCUAUUGGCAAAGCUUCUUUUAAGAGGGAGGCUCUCCUUGUUCCCAGCUUACUGCAGCCCGAAGCAGGUGCUGAGUGACAUGUCACAAAAAUCCUUCCUGCCAAGGAAGGGCUUCUCCUUUAGCCACAGCCCUGGUGAGAAGACGCAGAUGGAUGUGCCCUCCCUCCUCCUCUUGCAGAACCCUCACAGCUCUGACUAUUCUCUGAAGGACCUUCUGGUGGUUGCCACUCCAGCCCGACUGGAUCCAAGGCCUUGCAGGAGCCAUACAGGUGCUAUGAGGAACCCCCAUAUACAGGAGCAAGAAGCAUACAGCCACUGCCUGAUCUCUGGCCAAAAAGGAUGUGAAAGGAACUAGAAGCUGGACAGUCCCACAGUGGCCCAUCUGCAUGCUGGAGAGCCAGAGAAACCAGUAGCUGUUCGGCCCAAGAAGCUAGAAGCCUCAGAGCAAAAGGGACCAACAAUGGAGCCCUAUUUUGAGGAUGAAGACCUGGAAGUUCCCUGGAGAGUUGCUGGUGAGAAUCUAUGUUGGAAGACUGAAGGAGAUAUAGUCUGAUGUCUACAGGUGAUGGUAGCAGCAAUAGAUACCCACCCAAGAACAAUUGGGCUUCUCAAGAAGAAUUAAGCUUGCAUCUGCUGCAGAUUCUUCUUUCUAGUUUUGUUGUUGUUGUUGUUCCAUCCGGGUACCCAGCCUAUUUGACAAUGCUUCCUACAUUCAGGGUGGGUCUGCCCUUUCAAUUUGCUGUU